AUGAGCACCUCUCAUCAUUCAAUGGGGUUCUUUGAAAACGCAUUUGGCUUUAACGAAUCCAACUAUAGCUCAACACAAAAGAGUCUAUUGGAUCGAGCCACCUUUUCCUACACUCCUCCCAAUCCCCCCACCCGUGAAUACUGGCAAGAACACUGUUCCUUUCACGUUCCAAAUGGGGACAAGGGAAUGAAACAAAUUUCAGCCGGAACCUUUUCCAUGCCAUCGGUGGAACAACUACGAUCCCGUGUUCAACAGGAAUUGGACUUCUUGUUGCCAAAACAGCAACAAGGCACUUCAGCCGGACAAGCUGAGAACAACAAGACGACUACGAUUCAAGAAUCACAACAAGCAGCUUCAAAGGUCACGGUUCGCAACAUGGUUGGUGAAGCGCGAUCUUUGCAUUCGGAGCCAUUUUCAGCCAUUCUUGGCAAGACGAGCAGUAAUAAGUACCCACCAGGCGACUUUCCACCUCAAAACCAUUACAUCUUUCAAGCUGCUAGCCAAUUCAACCUUUUGGAAUUCCCCAGUCCCAGGGUCACUCCAGAAGCUGGCAUUGCUGGAUACAUUAAUGAUCGAACUCAAGGUCCAGCCUGUGCCAUUGCUUGUGCAGCGGGUACAGCCUAUCGCAAUUAUCUCUUGCCCAUGAUGAAAGAUGGUGAUUCCGGUAGUACUAGUAGUAGUAAGGAAUCGACCAAUCCUGCCAUUGAGCAACGAGGUCAGACCAAAGAAUGGCAACUGAAUGGAUUGCAACUUGUGGAGGACUACCUUAAGACAUUCACUAGUCUCCAAAAGGUACCAUGGACUGUGCACAAUGGAUACAUGGAAGGACAGAAGCGUUACAUUAUGGAAUUGAAUGCCCUCUUGGAAUCAGAUCCCCAUUUGCAGGAUGCACUGACGAGUAGACUCCAAAUUGGAGUCCAAGAAGAUGCUACAGUGACGGAUUGUUGUCCUGUAACAACAGCAACAACAAGAACAACAGCAACCGAUCAUGAUGACUUAUUUCAAGUCACCCAAACCUACAAUUCGGCCAUUAGCAUUGGAUACUCACGCCUGUCAAGUUCCUUGUGGAGACCAAUGGCCACCAUUGUCCUUCAAGCAACCUACGAAGCCACACUGUUGGUUGCGAUUUUGAAAGCAAUUCAGUUUGCUCUGCGGGGCGAUCCAAAGCAGGUCACGGUGCUUUUGACCAAAGUAGGUGGAGGCGUUUUUCAAAAUGACGACUGUUGGAUUUGUGAAGCCAUGAAACGGGCCAUUGGUCAAGUAGAAGAGCUCAUCACCAGCAAGCCAUAUGGGAUUGGAUUGGACGUUCGAAUUGUCCAUUUUGGGGAGAUCCAAGACGAAUACAUGUCAUUGGAGCAGUGA